ACUUAUUCGCCGAUUCAUUUCUCAAAGAAACAUGACAGUGCUUGCUGGAGUAAACAGUAAAAUCGUCAAAAAUGGUGACCCAGCGCCAGCUCCUCCGGCUGCUGGAACCAUUCGUAUCUACAACAUGCGAUUCUGCCCGUGGGCUCAACGUGCUCUAAUCUAUGCAUCUGUUAAAAAUAUACCGAGCGAUGUUAUCAAUGUUCACUUGCAAGAAAAACCCGACUGGUACUUCUCAAAACAUUACAAAGGACAAGUUCCGACAUUGGAGCACGACGAAGGAAAGAAGCAUGUUAUUGAAUCAGCUGUGAUUCCAGAAUAUUUGGAUGAUAUCUAUCCAGAGACUCGUAUUCUUCCAACUGAUCCUUACGAGAAGGUUCAGCAAAAGUUAUUGUUGGAUAGAAUCAGUGGACAAGUGUCACCUGCAUUCUACGGAGUCGUUCAAGCUGUCAAAAAUCCAGAUCUCCGCGAAGAAAAAUUUGCGGAUAUCAAGAAGGCGUAUGAUAAUGCUGAGCAGUUAUUGACUGGAGAUUUCUAUUCAGGAACCUCAAAACCUGGAUUUGUUGACUAUCUUCUCUACCCGAACAUUCAACGCGCUUACUGGGCAGCACACAUAGUUCCAGAUUUCCCAUUGGAAGCUGAAUCGUUCCCAGGACCAAACUAUCCAAGACUAUCCAAAUGGUACAAGGCUCUGGAAUCGAUUCCAGAAGUUGCCGCUGCCAGUCAGCCAACAGAGAAUGGGGUUGGAUUCUUCAAGGAUUACCUCGGUGGAUCUCCAAACUAUGACUAUGGAUUGUAAACAUUUGUUAUUAUAUUUUUAAACUUUGUGUUGUGGAUGUGAAUAUGUGGAAUUUAAUAAAACAUU